GAGUUGAGUUGAGUUGAGAGGCAUCAAACCAAACAAAAGAAAAAAGUGUUCGUUUGGAAUAGCGCGAGACCGACUUCGUAUAUAUUGAUUGCGUGGAUACAUUCUGGUUUGGUUGGAAUUUUGAUAAUCGAUUUGGGUAGUAAUUCGGAGCUUCAUAAUCGAUUUUGAUAAUAAUCAAGAUGGGUAGUAAUUCGGAACCCGCUUUUGAAGAUUUUCUUCAAGAGAAGAAGCGCGUUAGGAACCCUUACGUUCCCGUAGGCGCACUUAUUACUGCCGGCGUACUAACGGCUGGUUUAAUCAGCUUUAGACGAGGUAAUUCUCAAUUAGGCCAGAAGUUAAUGAGGGCUCGUGUGGUUGUCCAAGGUGCUACAGUGGCGCUAAUGGUUGGCACUGCCUAUUAUUAUGGAGACAAUCCUUGGCAACAAACAAAAUAAACAUAGCUAACUAACAAUCAAAGCUAAACUUUGUAAUUGUUUGUUUCUUGCUGGUUUUAGUUUUGUUUAUGUGAAUUGAAAUUUGUUCAUUUGAGGACAAAACCCUUGCUCACGUCUUACUUUCGAAACAUUUUAUUUCAACUCAUAAUAAUUAGAUUCUUAUAUGGAUGUAUUCUGAUAUAUACUAUAGUUCUUUGAAUGAAAUAAACGACUCUCGGUCGACUGUUGCUGUCUUGAGGAAA